AUGCUAAGCAAGGCAAUUGUAGAAACCAAAAUACUCCCCAAGAUUAAUGAAAAACUUAGGUGUCACAAAAUAUGUUCUCAAUACCAGAGUCAGCUGAAGUACUUUAAAAGAGAAUACCAAAAAUAUUCACAGCUUCUCCGUCACAGCUCUGGGUUUGGAUGGAAUCCAACCACAAAGAAAUUCACUGCUCCUGAAGAAGUUUGGAAAGACUACUUUAAGGAUCUGCAAAUUGUAAUUGGGAAUGCAACUGUUAUUGGAAGAAAGUCAUUAGGAUUAGGUGAUGAUACUGAUGCAAGAACUUUUAGGGCGGAAGAUAGACAUGUUGGAAUAGAGGACUUUGUCUUUGAUGAUGAAAAUUUGGAAGGGAAUGCUAUCUCAAAUGAGACCACCCAGCAAGCUAUGGGAAGAAUUAGCCUUAGCAUUGAUUCAAUUGUGACUGACUUCCGGGGAGUCCAUAACCUAUUGGCAAAAGGGGAAAAAGAAAGAAAGCAGCAAAGUUAUAUGUGGGAUGCUAUUAAGGAGACUCCAAUUUUGGAUGAACGUGUUCGUUAUAAAGUGCUCUUUUUGUUGAAUACUAACACAAAAAAGGAUGCAUUUUUGAAAAUGUCUCCUGAGGAGUGCUCAAAUUGGAUAUCAUACAAUUUGGAAUGA